GCUCACUCAAACGGAGGAAUGAGAGCCGAGCGGCAUGGCAGACGGAGAAAAGCGGGAUGCCAGCCAGCAGUCAGACCGCAACCUUGGAGUGAAGUCUCCAGCUAUCUGUAGAUUCGGUCUGUGCUUGUUAGCCCCAGCACAAGCAUGCUAAAACAAGGCUCCAAUCAAGUGAUUACACUCAUAAAACACAAGAUUGGUGAAAACGUGUCGUCUUGUUUGCUUGGAAAGAAAUCUUGCACCCUCUGUGGCCGUUUGUGGAAUAACUUGGAGACUCCUGGUCUAAACUGUCCCGAGCUAUUCUCCUUGAUGCUCCUCCCCCUCAAUCUACCUCCCUCCUUUCCUCUGUAAAGCACUUGCUCCUUCUCCUCUUCUCGGCUUCGGAUGCCCUCCUUACUUACAGUAUGGACUCAGGAGGGGAAGGAGAAGAGGGUUGGAUGGAGGACCAGUGGGAAAAAUGGUUGACCCACGACAUUAGCUUGGGUGAGUUUGAAGAUGAUGACCUGUCAGAGAUCACAGAGAUCACAGAUGAGCGGGGGAUGAGCCUCAACUGCAAUGGCCCAGAUAUAAAGGGCCACAUGAGACGAGGGACCAAUAGCAGGGCGGGGAGGGCAGAGCUCGGUGCUGUUGGACAGCUCCAGGCAGAGAUGCUGCAUUUGGAUCUCAUUGAUGGUGCUGACGGUUUCUGCAGUGAUAUAGAGUCCUCUAAGACUUCCAUUGCACCUCCAACAGUUUCCAAGGACCCUCCGUUACCUGUUACCAUGGAUACCUACAGACCCAAGAGGCCGACAACCCUUAACCUAUUUCCAAUUGUGCCCCGCACGCAGGACACAUUAAACAACAACUCAUUUGGGAAGAAGUACACAUGGCAGGAAAAGGUUUCAGGCUCAUCUUCACCUCUCAAAACUGGUGAGCUAACACCUCCACGUGAGCACAGAUGCCUGAGUGACGAGGACAAGGUACGGAGUGGCGGGGCACAGACCAAAGAUCGAGGCACUUCCACUGACGCUCCUUGCAGAAAAUCACACACGUCUGGACAUUCGCAAAGUUCUGCAACAGCAGCGUCGACACGACCAAAGUUUCAGGAGAAGCCACCUUCGCCGCCGCCACCGCCACAGAAUUAUAAGCCAGCUCCUCUCUAUCCAGUUGGAAAAGUGGAUGGAAGCAGCUACCAGCAGGAAAGGAUCCAGCACCACUUAGAAGCUCCUCUGGAACCCACAGAGGAAAUUUACUUAACACCAGUGCAGCGCUGUUCUGACCCCUCGGAGCCUCCUUGCACGCACGACCGACCUUUCCUUUCGCAGCUGAGCGAACAGGGUCGUAUGUCAAUUAGCUCUGACACAGAAGGCCCACCUCCUUACCAGCCACUCCCUGACCAGUCAAACCCCUCCAUUUACGAGGAGGACGAAGUCUAUAUCGCCCCACCUUCUUACGCGUCCUGUGUUGAAUCGCUUAUCACGCCACCUAGCAUGGCUCUGUCAUCUCAUCCUGGCCUGGCUCUGGAUUUCAAUCUCAAAGGGUUGGGAACAGGCGCACGGGCAAUGUUGAGAACUGGUUCAUCGGUAGAGUAUGUUGACGCAACGGACGAAAGCUACUGUGGGGAGGAUGAGGAUGUGGACAGAAUAAUUAUGGAUGAAAGAAUAAAAAAAGUGGUUGGAAAGGUGGAAAGCGCCAACAGUAGAUCCACCCUGCUAAGAACUUCUAUGAGCUCUGAUGCCAGUGGCCUGUCGUAUGACUCGGUCAAAUACACUCUGGUGGUGGAUGAACACUCUCAGCUAGAGCUUGUAAGUUUAAGACAAUGUUAUCAAGGUUAUAGCGACGACAGUGAUUCAGCCACAGUCUAUGACAACUGCGUCUCCUCUCCCUACGAAUCUGCUAUUGGGGAAGAGUAUGAGGAGGGAGACGAGGAGGAAGAUUGCCAUCGUUUGGGGGGAGUGAGACGAGAGGCCACAGCUUGUCUUUCAGAAGAUUCCACGCCAGAUGUUGACCUCCAUUUUUCCAAGAAGUUCCUUAACGUUUUUAUGAACGGACGGUCUAGCUCAUCAAGUGCAGAGUCUUUUGGUUUAUUUUCCUGCACCAUAAAUGGAGAGGAACAGGAUCAGAGUCAUAGAGCUGUCUACAGGUUUGUCCCUCGGCAUGAUGAUGAGUUGGAGCUAGAAGUGGAUGAUCCAUUGCUGGUGGAGGUGCAAGGGGAGGAUUACUGGUAUGAGGGCUUCAACAUGAGAACUGGUGCCCGGGGAAUCUUCCCUGCUUACUAUGCUAUAGAGGUGACGAAGGAGGCUGAGAGCUUUAAAGCAAAGAGCAGUGAGUGGCUCGAUAGAUAUCGGCUAAAGUUCCUGGGCUCAGUCCAAGUGCCCUACCACAAAGGAAACGACGUUCUUUGCGCAGCUAUGCAAAAGAUUGCUACAAACAGAAGAAUGACGGUCAAGCACAACCCGCCUUCAUCCUGCAUCCUGGAAAUCAGCGUGAAGGGAAUCAAAUUGGCUGUUCAGGAAGAUUAUUACGCCUGUGACCGAAGUAACGAAUGCAGUCACUUUUUCCAGUUAAAAAAUGUCUCCUUCUGUGGUUAUCACCCCAAAAACUGCAAAUAUUUUGGGUUUAUAACCAAGCACCCGGCAGACCAGAGAUUUGCCUGCCAUGUGUUUGUGUCUGAAGAUUCAACCAAGGCUGUUGCUGAAUCAGUUGGGAAAGCCUUCCAGUUGUAUUACAAAGAAUUUGUGGAGUUCUCGUGCCCCACAGAAGAUAUCUACUUGGAGUAGCCCAGUCCUGCUUUCAACCACAGCCUUUGUAUAGUACACUGUAUAAUAUGAUGUUGCAUGAAGGAUACAUCUAAGAAAACUAAGAACACUUCUGAGGAGCAAGCAGGAAAAUAAGUGGACUAAGGUAGUAUUUAAAGGGUGGUUGUGCAGCAAGAGGAGAUAGGAUGAAGCCAGAAGCGUUUCAAAGGCAAGAAAUAUUAUGCAAAUUGUCACCGGCAACAAAAAGGUGUCCAUGAAGAAGCACAUAAAUCACCGAAGCCCUUGCGGUGCCAGUCAGGAAAGAAGCAAACAUUUCAAAAGGUUAAAAUGAAGCUGAACUGCCUUGUCCUUGGACUUGAUCAAUGUGGAAAAAAUGAUGAUGGUGUAUAUAUAAAUAACCAUUCUUGCAUUGACACUACGGGCAGACAAGAGACUAGAAUCCAGCGUUAAUGAGGUUCUAUGCAUGAGUUGGCUUUCUCUGGCAUGAAAGUCAUUAUGUUAUGAAGGAAACUACCAACCCAAAUAACAGUAGGUAGUAAAGGAUGAAACAGUCAAGUUAAAGUUAGGCAUUGUAUGCAAACAACUUAUUGAGUACUUGACAUCGUGUGCUGAUACUUUUAGAACUUACCUUUAAAACCCAGACAUAUUGUGCUUAACUAGUGUUACAAAAAUACAAGUAUCACAUCAAAGAAUGUUUAGAAGACCAGGAAUCGAAUAAAUUGUCAACUACAGUAUGUGGGAUACGAGGAUAUCAGAUAAGAAAUCACGUUUAGAGAGAAUAAGGGUGGGGGGGAGUCACUUCACUGAAUAAGAUACAGCAGGCCCCUGUGCAGCAGAUACACAGGAGCAGAGAACUUCACUACUAGUGCCUCUUUUUCAUAAUUUUAUUAGGACCUUCCUCUAUCAUGUCCACAACAUUUGCAAUUAUGCUAGGUGAUGACGUUAUUGAGUGUGGGAUUGAUAGAUGAUGAUGAUGAUGAUGAUGAUGAUGAUGAUGAUGAUAUUGAUGAUGUAGUGUUUAAUGAGCUUUUGCCCCACUACCCCUCACAUGCUAGCAAGUACAGUCCAUGUAUGGCAACAUGUGAAAGUUUUGUUGGAGCUAGACACUAUUCAAAACAUGCCUUGUUUCCCAGUAUGUAUUUGUUACCCCAAAGAUCGUUUUCUGCAAUGAAGGGUAAUCAAAUAGAUGCCAAACAGAACAAUGACUAGCACAGCACUGUUGUUCUGCAGUAGGGAAAAAAUAACCACUCUCUACAUCCUUUCACUAACAUUUAUUUGUAAGAGAUCGUUUUAUGGGAUAUACUGUAUAUUUAACGGGAUGUUUCUAAUACAUGAUUUUUUUUUAAUAUAUAGGAUAUGGCCAUUUUAAAGCCCCACACAGUUAAUUCCUGGGAAUAAAAAAAUCUGCUGUUGCUAAUCAUGAAGUGACUUUGUACAGCGAGUCGAGCAUCCAGACAAAAUACUGUAUUCAGCUGUGGGGGGCUAUAAAAAAGGUGUACAGAUCUGUCAUAAAUUUAAUAUCUGUAAUUCAAAACAUUGUAUCAAUUUAACAUGUAGGAAGUGAAAUAUUUAUUUUUGAUUUUUUUUUUUCCCAGAUGUGACUUCUUUAUUAAAAAAUAAGUAAAUCAUUGUGUCCUCUUACUAUUACAUCAUAACACAUUGAAAACAAUCAUAUUAAGUUACACAUUGCACUACUAAUUCCCGUACUGGUCACUAAAAAUGGUCAUUGUUUUGUCACUACUAAAUCGCAACUCUAACAUCCUCUAAACCAGUGGUCUCCAACCACCGGUCCAGGGACCAGUACUGGUCCGCAAGAGAAAUCAUAUUUUGACUUUAAAUCAUGUGCACCAUCAACACUCAAAUAUGGGGAAUUCGGAUUCAGCAGCAUGCUGCACCUCAGUUUACCGCAUCUGUUUACCCAAGUUUACCCAAUCUGUCAACACUGCUGCACCGACACACUCACUGGACAUGUGCUCUUCAUACAACAAAUAUGGCGGCACACUUUGAGUAGAGUUCAAAAGCUCAUCUUUUGGUAACAGUCACAACGGUGCUUGGUGUGUAAUAAACAGACUCUCAGGAGUCAUCGGAACACUGCGCGGAACACCACUGUUGCAACAUCAGUGCCCAGCUUGCAGCAUGGAAAAACCCAUUCAUUUUGUAUGUGGGAUGCUCAAAAAGUUGCUCUAGCACAACGGUCUCACCAAAUCUAGUAUGGCAUUUUCAAUUUUGCCCUCCUCUUUGCAAUGAUAAAAGUCACGGCUUUCUCGUACGACAAUGAAAAAUAAAUGUAUUUGUACUUAAGAUUUCUUUUCCUGGCUGCGGCGAGGCCUGUCUUUUGCGAUUGUGUUCCCCCCUACCCGUCGUAGAUGAAAAAAAUUCGAAUGCCUUUACUAGUCCUCAGUAAGAAAAGGGUUCAGGACCAGUGCUUUAAAGUGCGUUUGACACCAAAAAGCAUGUUUAUUUCAUAUUUCACGUGGUGUUUUAUGCUCCUGAAUGAAAUGGACUGCUUGGAUGUGUGUGGAAACGAUCAUUUUAUAUAUUCAAUUUUUGUAUCCCCCACCAUGAAAAUGAGUGACUUCUGGCUUCAGUCUCGGGUUUAGGAUGAAUGCGAAUGUGACGUCACCCAGGUCAGCAUUUCACAAUACAGCAUUGCUUUAUAGCAUGCAGUUGGACUGCAAUUCAGCUGAUUUUGCGGAUUAAUUUGUUUAUUUUUCGCUCCACACCAGCCAAACGGCUGCAGAAAAUUGUUGUUGCACCAGGGAGAGGCGUGUGAGCCAUUUUGGUUUUCAAAAGGUUCCCGUUCAUCGCGGCUAUGGGCCAAAACAAGCCCAACUACUGUAGGACCAUUGGACUUACGAGAAAGUGAGUAAACAUUGUAUUUUGUCAAAUACUGGGAUCAUGGUACACAUUUUAAUACGGAGGCUUGCAUUUUGUGGCUGAUUGUCCACCGAAAAUGCCACCCGGCAGAUGACCAGCGGCUUGUCGCACACCCCCACCCCCGCCGGAAGAGCGCUACAUUCGGCUUAUUGCCCUCUUCAUGUGCCUGGUGUUGUCAAAUUUUCAGGCCCCAUCAGAAUUUUGUGUUAAAAAUGGACGCGAAUACAGCGAUUGCAAAGUAAACACUACAAACUUUGAAUAAAGGACUGUUUACUUAAGUUUGAUCAUGGAUGGACAUGAAGAGAAAAGUUCUCCUCAGACAAAUCCUGCCAUGUUAGCUGCACAACAACUGCAUAUUGCUCUCCGUUUACGUCUUCGCCGUGUAGUAAAACAUUAUUUUACACCAUAUUCAUGUUGACCAUUUGGCAGCUACCCGCUCCUCCGACGUCGGCCGGUUUUUCCGGCGGUACUCUCCAGCUGCUUCCCCAGCGAGCUCUCCUGUCCAUAGCAGGGUAACAAACUGUAAGUUGUUCGGUGCCAGGCAGGUUACCGAUCGGCGAAGACAAUCGACAACCCCGCCGCCGUGUGACAUGAUCAAAAAAAGGACUUUGAGACGUCACCCGGUUUGGGUUAGCAUGUCUGUUAGCUGUCAAGCCUCUUUGUUUGUUUACAUUCUCCGAAGCCACGGCAGGGAAAUGACAAAGCCUGACUAACUACGGUGGCAUAAAAUAUCGCUCGGUAGGUGCGACAGUAAAGGUGAAGUCGACAGUUUUGACCAUUAUGGAGUAAUUUUUCCAUGUACUGAAUAAAUGCAUUUGUAUUAUUUCAUAUUCCAUUUAGCACAAGACUGUUAUUUGUCAUGACCAUGCCAUUUACUUAGCAAUUGGGGAAAAAUACUUCGAUAAAAAGAAUAUCCUGUACAAAUAUUGGAGUAGAGAGACGGAAACAAUGACAUUUUGUGGCUCUCUUCGUCGCAUUUUCCUCGUUCUGAAUGAUUCCCCCUCAAUGGGCUGAAUUCUAAAUCAGAUGAAACCAUAACCCUGCCGACGUCAUCCUCCUGUUGGGGACGCUAGAGCCCUAUGAUGGUAGGCGUGGCUAAACGACAGAUUUAAAGACUAAUUUCUCAUCAUCUGCGCUUUGACAAAUUGUUGUAUACAGUGGUACCUCUACAUACGAAGUUAAUCCGUUCCAGGACCUUGUUUGUAAGUCGAAAUGGUCGUAUGUCGAGCAGGAUUUUCCCAUAGGAAUACAUUAUAAUUCCAUUAAUUCGUUCCACAGCCCAAAAACCUUCACUAAAUCCUUAAAAAAUACUGCUGGUACUAUUACAAAUGGCAAUUACACAUAGCAAAACAAAUAAAUUAUAAAUCAAAAUCGGAAUAAUAAUAAUAAUAAUAAUAAUAAUAAUUCCUGUAUUAAUGUAACGAAUCGGGUUCUAAUGUGGCGGACGUUUUUUGCUGACCCUGAACGCACCGCGGGGCUCA